AGAUGGAAGUUUAUAAAACAAUAAAAAGAUCUGUUUCAUCCAAAGCAACAAGCAUAAUUGGUUCUUCUCGAUUUUCUAAUCAAAAUUCAUUUAUACCUGAAAAUAAAACUGAACCAAUUUAUACAUGGAUACAUCCACCAGAUUUAUUAAUAAAAGGGAGGGUAGAAUAUACAGUUAAAAUGCUUGGACACGUUGAUGUUAGCAAUUCAAAAGGAACGGCUGUUGUCCAAGAUGCUAUUGCUAAACUUCGAUUACAAGCACUUACUAAACAAAAUGAGACUGGACAAAUUCCAAAAUCGAGAAAAGUUAUUAUUCAAAUUAAUGUCAACGAAGUAAAUGUAAUUGAUUUAAAAACUAGAGGAAUUCAAUUUAAGCAUCCAAUAAAUAGAAUUUCUUAUUGUGCAAAAGAUAAACAGAAGAAAAUGCUAACUUAUAUUGCCAAAAAUGAUGUAGAUAAACUUCAAUGUUUUGUAUUUUUGAGUGACAAAAUGGCUGAAAAUAUUGAACAAACAAUUUGUCAAUCUUUUGAUUUAACUUUGGAGCGUUAUGCUAAAAAGAAGGCACGUUCCUUUGAAGAUCAAAAUCAAAUAAUUCUUUUAUUGAGGAAAAAAGUUUCUGAAUUGGAAGAAGGCAAUAAACAAUUGGAGGCAAAAGUGGCAAGAUGUACUUGCGAACAGAGUAAUAAUAAGGAUUUACUUAUUUCUCUUCCAACAAUUCCCCCAACAGAACCCAACAAUUAUUUACCUUCAUUUACUUCAAAAUCAUUUUCAUCACCUCCACCUUUGCCUUUAGCCCCACCUCCUCGCAGAUCAAGUACUUCACAAAAUGACACAAAUAAAAUAUUGGAACAAAUAUUUGAACAACAACAAAAACAUGUUAACCCCCCUCCUUCUGUUCCUCCAGAAGAUGUUUUUGAUAAUGAUUUUGACCCUAGAGCAAAUGAAAAGAAAAAUAUUCAAAAUAAUGGAUUGAUUAAAUCAGAAGAAUCUAAUAAAAAGACUUCAACUCAAAACCUUGAAGAACUUUUACAUCGACUUGAUUUUCAAAUGAAAGAAGCAACAAAUGACCAAUUUCAAUUGGAACGUGGGGAUAUUGGAGAUGCUGGAAAAGAUUGGCCAGAAAAUCAAGAAGAGGAAGAAAAUGAUGAACAUUACAGUCAACUUGCUGGACCUUCUCCUAAGGCUUAA